UAUCGUUAUCGGUCGCAGAGGAGUAGCGAAUUUGCGGACUCGAGUUUGAAAAUAAACAAUUAAAUAAAUACAAGGAAAUGCUGGAAACCGGUGGUGAGGCUGAGGUGCUGACCGGUUUCACCAGUGCGGAUGUAGGCCCCGAGGCAAAGGAAUACAAUUUACUGCGCGCUGAUGAGGAAUAUCGCAAUGGCAAUGUGGAGCACUCAAUUUACUACCAGGUUAAGGCCCAGUUCCAGUCCACCGAUCUGCGUUACCUUACCGAAUCGGCGGAACUGGAGAAUCAGCGUCCCACCACAGAGGAGCUGAUCAAAUCCGCCUCUAAACUGGAGAAACAGGACUACAAAAGCAAAAAAUUUCUGCAGAACAUCAUCAAGUAUCUCCAGCGAAUGGAGCAGGAGAAACCGCCAAAAAAGACAAGUAACGAAAUACCGGAGUACCUGGACUUUCUGGAGGACGUGCAGGAUCCUACUGAAGGUCUAACUCGCAUCACAGAUAAAUGUAAUAGUUUGCCCCAAGAGUGGUGUGUCGUCCAGCUCUGCAAGAGCUUCAAUCCCGCCACCACCUACUCUGUUUUCAAUGAGAUAAUUGCCAGCGAUGGAGCAAUAUAUCUCACUUUGCUCCGACACUGCAGAAGUCCCCAACUGGGACCGAUUUGCCUGAGAAUUUCCAGCGAAAAUAUGGUCAAUCUCUAUCGGGAGUACAGCACUCUGGUGGAAAGAUUUAGGCGCGUGGUAACCGUGGAUCCGCUUAACAUGAAAGGUAAAGAGGCUAAGCAGAAGUAUUGGGAGGAGCUGAAUGCUUUUGACACAUUUCUGCACAAACUUAUCGCUGACUUUCGGGACAUUAUAUCUCCCUAUUCCUUUCUGUUCUUUGGCAAGAGAUAUGACUGCACUGUUGUCCAAAAACAAACCAAUACCACCUACACUCGUGUUGACGAUUUCUGUCUAGUCAAUCAAUGGGGUUCCCACCAACGUGUUUUGCUUUCCCAAGCGGCUCUGCAUGCCAAUCGACUGAGCGCCGCAGAUCUCAAACUAAUCUGCUAUGAACUGUCCAGCAACGAAAACGAGAUCCAGUCGGCGUAUGACUUGCUCAAGGGCUUGGCCAGUGACUGGACAGAAGUGGAGGAGCGCCAACCUCUGGCAAGCAGAAGAUUUCCCAUCAUCCUGGUGGUCGAUGAGCGACUAGACCACCUCCAUUGGGAACAACUAGUCACCGUCCAGGAAUUCUCCCGCGUCAAAUCACUGCACUGCCUAUGGCGCUUGUUCCAGAACCACAAAUCAAACAUAAAGCAUGGCUACUACACAACAAAUAUUAAACGUGGCAUGUGUGUAAUAAACCCAGAUGCGGAUUUGGUCAACUCCGGCCGCAGACUACGCAGCUUCUUUGAGUACUGGCUUUCCCAGUGGCAGCAUCUUUUUGAAACCGUGCCCAACGAGGAGGUGAUAGUGAAACAGGCCCUCCAAGCGGAUUGCUUUGUUUACGCAGGUCACGGUUCUGGGCUGCAGUACGUCAACGGUCGCAUAAUUUGCCGGUCUCGGGUUCGCAGCGUGGUUUUUCUAUUUGGUUGCGACUCUACACGCAUGUUGGGCACGGGCCUGUACAGCGCAUUAUAUGGAGCUCAUGAUUAUUACCACGGCGCUCUCUGUCCUUCGGUGGUGGGCACUCUCAUGCCCGCCUUGGAUGGCAAUAUGGAUACAGUUUCGGUGACAAUACUGAGUCUUUGGUUGGCCCCCGGAGAUAACAAAGUGAUGCCAUGGACACAUAUUGAUCGCGUGUCCUGGCUUAAAAAUGGCAUUAUAAAAGGAAAAGAGGAAACCACGCCCACGAUGGACGAACAACCCAACUACCACCUCGGAAGUCUUUGCUCGAUCUUAUCUCUGGUACAGCAAGGAAAAGUGGAACCGAAUAUCUACAACUGCUGCAUUUACGUGUGCCGCGGACUACCCGCAUGGAAUUUGGCCGUGGAAAAGUUGCCUUUAUAGUUAAUUUCGUUGUGGAGUCGAUCUCCCUAAGCAAUGUUUAGCAUGUACAAUAAUAUGAUUUAAUUGAACUACUUCAUUCAAGUGGAAAGUGGUGCUCAAAAGAUUGCAUUAAUAGUAAAUUGUAACACUCAGAAUGGUAAGAAUAAACUAAACAAUUAUAAAUUAAAAACAAA